GGCACAACUGCCCUCAGUCUCCGGCCAACGGCUGCCUCCUCCGUCACGUCGACUUCCUGCCCCCUCUCCCCCUCCACCCUGCCCCCUUUCGACUUCAUAAAGCAACCCAAGCAGGAGGAGGCUGACACGGCGGAGCAGGAGGAGGAGGAAGAGGAGGAGUGCAGUGACGUCGUCGGACCUGCGGAAUGA